UGGAAAGUGAAUUCGAAUAUUACUCUCCUCAGCCGCUCAGUCGUUCCGACAGCCUGGGCAAGCCUGGUUGAGUUGCAACCCCCCCGUCUUCCACGCAAACUGCUGGUCGUUUGCUCUAGCAUAGCUCCUACGGCAGAGCUGGCUGGCUGCUUCUGUGGAGGGAGAGCGAGAAGGUUUUUUGCUGUGGGUGUGUGGAGCAGGCUGGAAGCACCGCUGCUGCUGCUGCUGCUGCUGCUGCUGCUGCUGCCGCUGACAAGGGCGUUGUGCCGUGGUGAUGGCAGCCGUGAGACGGGAGCGGAGGAGAGACGAGGCUGUCGCGGAGCUCCUGAGCUCCGAGGCAGAAUACGUGUCAGACUUGAAGUUGUUGGUGGAUGUGUUCUUGCUGCCUCUACAGAGAUGGGCGAAGGAGCUUGAGGCUCAGCGGGACCCUGCUCUUGACCACGCAGCGGUGCAUGGCGGCAGCAUUCAAGCACGUUCGGCGCGAAGUUUCACACAAGCAGACUGCAAGGAGAUCUUCGCCAACACGCUCGAGCUGGCGCGCUUCAACAGGCAGUUUCUGCUCGAUCUCCGAAAAGCGCACGGCGGUCCCUUCGUGCCAGGAAGCGUGGGCGUCGUGUCUCCGGUCUCCACCUCCACCGAAUGCAACGAAUGGAGCAAGGUAACCUCGGCGGGGGGGGGCGAAGACAUCGGGGACCCCUUCCGAUCGACGAGCCCGAAUAUCUCAGAAAAUGGGCCUCGCCAAAUGCUUCAAGUGUUUCUCAAUUCAGCACCGUUCUUGAAGAUGUAUUCGGAGUACGUCAACAACUUCGACGCUGCGCGAGAGAGGCUGACGGCGCUGGAGCGAGAUGACCCCAGCUUCAGCGCCUUCCUCACCGCGUGCGAGAAGCAGAAGCCAUGCCGCGGUCUGCACCUCAGGGACUUCCUGGUUUUACCCGUACAGCGUAUCUCGCGAUACCGGCUGUUGCUGGAGACUAUCCUGCAGUACACGUCGAUCGAUAGCAACAUGCACUCGGCCGUGGAGGAGAGCUUGAGCACAAUGGGCGGGAUCGCUUCCAAGAUAAACUCCGACUUGUCUCUCAAGCUUAAGAGGAACAAGGUGUACCAGCUGCAACAGGAGUUCGGAGGGGCGAGCUUCGUUACAGCGUCCAGGCUGUUCGUCCGAGAGGGAGACCUCUUCAAGGUGGCCCGAAAUGGAGUGGAGAGGCUUCACUUUGUCUUGUUCAACGACCUCCUGGUGUAUGGACAGGCCAAGCGAAGGAGACCCUUGUUCAGACGAGGGUCUAGCCGUGAGCAGCUGUACCACCACCGGCGAGACAUCAACCUCAGCAAGUGCUUCAUCGUAGACGCGCCCUCGUACGGCAGCCGCUGUUCUUCCUUCCUCGGCGAAACCGGUAUACUGGUGAUCUCCGAGGAGAAGACGUUCAUGGUCAUGGCCAGCACGGCGGUCGAGAAGGACGGGUGGCUUCAGGCCAUUAGGCUGUGCAUGAGGGAGCUCUCCACCAGCAACAGCGUGGUGGCCCGCGAGCGGGGUUACGGCAGCAGCAGAAAUCAGGUACUGGACGACGCGCGUACCCAGCGGCGGCGGCGGCAGCACGCCACGUGCAGCCCCCCCGGGAGCAGCAGCAGCUCGCCCCAAAGCUGGUCCGUGGCCUCCCACAGCCCCAUGGCAGCCUCCGCCCCCCGUUCCGUCUGGGUACCUGGCAAGAACGGUAGCCACAAAACGAGCAGCCUUAGGCUGGUGGAGUUCUGCCUUCCCCCGUGGGCAGGGGUAAGGACAUCGUGCGGGUGCUUGAGCCACACAGAGCUAACCUGGGGAAAGGAUAGCCUUGCCGCGGGGGGGCAGGACCAGGGCCUGGGCGGGGUGGCGGGCGUGAUGAGCGGGGUCGGGUUGUCGCCGAACGGCGGAGACUGGCGAAACGUGGGCGUCGGCGCUGCUCCGUCCUCUGACCUGCGGCAGUCCGGAGGUACCCUUCAGCCGAGAAGCGGAACAACUUGUCCGAGAAAGGCGAGUCGGCCGAAUAUCGUGGCCCUUGUGAUCUCGAUGAGGCCUUCGGAGCCCAUGGGCCUGAGGCUGCGAGAGCUUCACCCGGAGUGUGGGGGGGGAGUCGUGGUGAUCGGUUUCGAGAGGUCGGCGGCGGGGAAGCGGGCUGGCGUGCUGCAGGGGGACCGGAUCACCGAAGUCAACGGAAUAUACGUGACGAGGACAAACGACAUCGUCCUGGCGCUGCAGCAGCAGCAACAACAGCAGCAGCACCAGCAGCAGCACCCCGGGAUCGGCGGUCUGCGUUUCAGCGGCAGUGGCGGCAACAGGCGACAAGUUAAACUAACCGUCCUCCGCGGCUUCCCCGACAGCGAGAAGCCGUGGCUGCCUCGCCUGACCCUAGAACCGUCUCCGACGGCAACCGUCCUCACUCCCCCGAGCAGCGCGGUAGAGUCUCCUGCUAGCGGUGAAGACGACGACGAUGCGAGCGUGCCGUCCCCCGUGCUAUCCGCUCCCGGCCGGAAAACGUUCAGCGGCCGCGGCACCUCGGGGAACAGCACCCUGGGCUUUGCCGGCUUUUACAGCAGGGGCGGCGGCGGCGGCGGCAACAGCGCGGCAACGGCGGUCAAUUACAGUCCGGAGGAGCCGCCGCCUUCGGCGGCCACCGCGAGCUCGACGACGCCGCGGGUGCCCGAGAGCAUCACCGUGAACACGCCGGUGGCCUCAAGCCCCGAGGCCGUGCUUUCAGCUCCCGGCCGAAAGACGUUCAGUGGUGGCGGCGCGGCACGCCGGUCCAACAAGAGCGGUAGCCUAGGGUUCGACUUCUCCGUGGCGGACGACGAACAAGAACCGGCGCCGACCCUAACCCAUCAGCAGCGGCGGCAGCGGGCCUUCCUGUCGACGACGGCGACGACGGUGGAGCUUGGAAAGAGCGGCGGCGGCAGCAGCAGCAGCCACGCGCUUACCCUAGCCGUGGACAACCCUCCCAGCCCGGACGAAACGAAGGGCGACGAGGACUCCGGGGAGUGUGGGGAUUCGAACGGCUCGGCCGAUAGCACCGGCGGGGGGCGGCCGCUCAAGGUGCCGGCCCCGACCCAAGCUAACGUUAACGCCGGCGGGGACCCCGCGGUGCCGUUCGCGACGUUCCGCGGGGGCGGGAGGGCGACGCCAUCGCGGGAGGGGCAAGGGCAGGGGCAAGGGCGGGGGCACGGGAUGCCGUCGUUGGGGCUCGGGGUCGGCAGCGCGCUUGCGGCCUGCUGGGGGGUGCAGGAAACCAACGACAACGACGAAAACUCUCGCCCGACGGAGUUCGACCUGAGCAACAGCGAGGAAGCGGAGGUGGAGGAGAGGAUCGUUAUCCGGAAGCCGCCCGCCGUCUUGGUGGCCAUGUCCAGGGGCACCAGCGCCACCUCCAGCACGGUGGGGGGAGCCGGCGACUACGGCGAAUUCGACGAGGGCUUCGGGGACGACGCGCGUUCCGCGGCGGGAUCACCCGGGUCCGGGUCCAGCCGCGACUCGUCCCUCUUGCUGACCGCGGUCUCCCCGUCGCGGGUGCCCCCCCCCCUCGCCUCUGUCGCAUCUUCGGCCACCCUCCCCCCGGUGUCAAUGGCCUCCUCGGUAGUCUCGGGGGGUUCGUUCUCCAACCCCUGGCUAUCCCCCACCCCGAACCACCACCACCGGCAGCAGCAGCAGCAGCAGCAGCGGGAUGAUUCCGUGGAAUCCCCCCCCCCCGCGGACUCGAUGUCGUGGCUGCAGCCGCUGCCGCCGCCGCCCCCGCCCCCGCAGAAGGACGCGGAGGCGAAGGCGGAAAACCCUUGGGAGCCGUCACCGUCGCGGGCGGCGGCGGCUACGGCCAGGCGGGGUGGGAUGGGGCUGGCCUACCCGUCCGGAAGGUGGGUACAGACUCCCCAGACGGGGGAGAUACUGGAGGAGCAGCCGCCCGCGGAGCCGAAGGACGGGGGGAAGAUGUAGUCCAUACGGUAUGUAGUACGGUGCGGUAAACUUGGUGGCCUGUUGAAGUUGUGUCGUCUGUCUGUGUCGUCUGUGCCUUAGUAGUUUUUAGACGGGCAUGCAUCGACCGAGCUGCUAUUGUAGCCUGGGUGGCAGUGGCUGGCUGGCUGACGUAGGACAAUGAGAAGAGUCUGUUUUGCCGUUGUCACCGACAAGCGGGGCGAUGACGACAACGACACCUAUGAAUAGCAGUCCGCCGGGUUGUGAUGCGGGGUAAUGUGACGUGUGGGCAAGUGGUGUGUGUGCGUGAUUUAUUGUCGCGGUCUCAUGGAUGGCUGAGACUUCGGGUGAGGUUCGCGUCAAGGGAGAGAAAAUGGCGUUGAUGUUAAAACACGAUUUUUUUUGUUCUGUGUAUGCCUCGGUGUGGCUGGCUGGCUGGCUGGCCAGCCGGUGAGGUGACGUCGGCUAUGCUACGAAUGGAGUAAAGGUGGACGGGAUCGGCCGGCUCGUUGACGAUUUCCCGUGAACCGAACAGAGGUAGAGCUUCCGUUUGUUCCCUCGAAGAGAGUGAGUACGGUACGGUACGGUACGGUAGGAUGUGCCAUGGCUGGCGCAGGAGGAGUAGGGUUAGAUAUUUAGUACUUCCAUGAGAGAUGAAAAGAAAGGGGCGUCUUGUACGCCCCUGUUUUUUGCCCCAGCUUGCGCGCGCCCGUUGUUGCGUCCGUUCGUUUUGAUUGAUUGAUCGCGUGGCGUAUGCCAUCGUCUGUCUGUCUACUGUGCUAGAGUAGCUGGUCUAAAUUUUGUUGAUGUUGCUCUUGUGGGUGAUUGUUGUCUGUUUGAAACGAAAUGAAACGAUAUACGAAAACGAAAACUUAUGUUAUACUCAUAGUAUCGAUCGAGAAUGAAGGAAAGAAGGGAUGGCAGAGACAGAAGGAGAGGCAAUGGGCGAGAGAGAGAGACAGAGGAGUGUAGCUCGUAGCCACGGGCCGUGCAUUACAAGUUGCGAUGUUCACCGCGUGUUUUUUUUCUUUGAUGUUUUUUGUUUCUUUCUGUUUUUUGAGUACCGAACCAUACCAUGGUUUUGCGUACCCCCUGCUGCCGUGCUGCCGUGACCUCAGCAGCGUUGCCCAGGAAGAAGAAGGCUUGUAAAAUAUACUGCUGCUGGUGUGAGGCAGAUGCACGCACCCGAUAGAGAUGUGCCGGUACCCGGCCUUGCGAAGUGAAGUGCUGGCCUGUUUGAAAGUCAAGUCUCUCUUGUUUGUUUGAACCCCAAUUCCAGCAUGCCAUCGGCUGUGAAAGGUGGGUAGGUGCUUCUUGACCUAAGUCUGUUGCCCCUUUGUUUUACCGGUUUUUCCUUGGAAUGAAUGGAAGUGUGGCGUCGCUUCCUGCAUUGCCGCCAAACAGACCAACAGAGAGGUCCUGGGUGUCGUUGUGUACAACAACAAGCCUGUAGGGAGGCUUAGAAUGUCGAUCGACACUCUAUCUAGUAUUCUUUUUGUGGCGGACGUAUGCAUGCAUGGGUGGUCAAAUGUUUGUGCGCGUGUGUGUGUGCGUGUGUUUUCUUCUUGUGUAUGAAUCUCGUGUGUGGGUGUAUUUGCAUCUCUGUACGCGUACUACAAUAGUCCUGUGCCCUGUGUCAUGAACGGGAACUUAGUAAACGAACAUAAGCAAUUGAUGAGCAUUCUUUACUUCCAGGUGUAAGGUAUGCAUGUCGUUGGCCGGCGGCGCGUUUUUGAAACAGUCGAGAAUUUUAUUCCCUUCAACGCUGCUACAAAAAUCGAAGCGACUCUUCUUUUCACCAAGCCGCUCACACAAGGUAGUAAUCAUGUCAUGUAUCAUGCCAUGUAGUGUAGAGAGGAUCCCCCCUUAUCGAGGUGACCGUGUGCUUCUGAUAUGCGCGUGUUUGUCCGUCCAUGGGCUGUUUCGCUGGCUUUACGCCGCGUUGGCUCUGCUCUACUCUGCUCACUCACGCCGGGUAACUGCGCCUGGUUAUUUGGGGUAUUUGUUCCUUUCAACUCGGUCACCUGAGAGACCGAUUUUCGUUCAUUUGGUAAGCGUGUCGCCGCUUUUGUCAUAGCGGCGGGGGCGGAGGGGGGGGCGUACUCUUAUGUUUUGCAUAUCUUCGCGGUUAGACCAUUGACCACGCGUCCUCGAGAGGACGGAGCAUUGUUCCCACAGGACCGAUCACCGAUGGCCAAUCGUUCCUUUCGGGGGGGGUGGGCUUUUCUUUUUUUCCAGCGGAUUCACAACUUGAAGGCUUGAAGGAAGGGCCGUCUCACGAAAAACUCCCUCCCGAAGUGUGUCAGGGGCACACGAUUUGGGGGGGGGGGGGGGGGUCGUAUUUUCCAGCGGGUUCACAACUUGGCAACUUGAAGGAAGGGCCGUCUCACGAAAAACUCCUCCCUAAAUGUGUCAGGGGUCAAACGUAUUGGACUUACUCGUUCGCGUUGUUUUCUACGGCCAGAACGAUCGUAUAUGUAUGUAUCUGUUGCUGCUACGUGCUUGUUCGCCCUUUGUGCGUCAGAAUCGGGUGCUUGCUGCAUUGAGCGAAUUGUUGUUGCUGGUGUGCCUACCACAUAUGUAGGUAGGACCAUCAUUGUGUUUCUGUUUCAAGGGUUAAGAUAAAAAUACCCAGACCUCGUCCCAACCCUGAUGGGCUACAGUACGCAGGAUCGUAGGAUCAUCCUGUGUUUCUUCUGUUAC